AUGUCCGGCAACGACUAUGAUGCGCCUAACAACGACGACACUCUACCCCACGAUGAUGGGCCGGAGAUGGAUAACGAACUAAUGGCCAAGCUACAACACUUCGUCGUCUACGGCAACCCUGGUGAACCUCCGGCCUCGCGCGUCGACGGCAGUCGCUGGAGGCAACGGCAGUUCAAAGACCCCGUUACCGCGCCGUGGGACUUGCCGCUGGGGCGCGCAGAUGUUACGAAGCUGGUCAACGGAUUUGAGCCGUCGGAGAUGGAGCAUAAGUGGAUGUGCUGCUCCGACGACCCGGAGGAUGGGGGGACCAGCUUUGAGGUGUAUAUGUAUGGGAGCUGGGGAGGGGAAAAGCGGAUCUCUCUCCAGGUUAAGGUGCCAGGGGGGAUUGGCGGGGCUAAAGUGGAUCGGGGGGAGACGGGAGCCAGGAUUGCGGGCAUCAAGUGGGAACGAAAGAGCAAUGGUGUGGUGAUUGAGGAGGAGAAGGCGAAGGAGACGGCUCUCGAGGUUUGCAAUUGGGUUUUGAGUUGUGAUUUGAAGAUUUGA